GGGGUCAGAGGCUGGCAAGUGAAGGGGACGGCCCCAAACAUGAACCGCCUCUGACGACACUCGCAGUCUGUCGCCGGAGAGACCGGAACUAUCUUGGUCAAAUAAAGGAUCUUUGGUGCCUCAUGAGCGUAAACGGGAGAAGUGAGAAGCUGCACUCAGGAGCAACGAUGGCGUUAGAGCUGUACUUGGACUUUUUUUCUCAGCCCUGCCGCUCAGUUUUUAUCUUCGCUAAGAAGAACAACAUUCCCUUUGAACUCAAACAUGUUUCGUUAAUGGACGGUGAGCAGUAUGGAGAAGAGUUUGGGAAGAUCAGCGUAAUUAAAAAGGUCCCUGCUCUGCGAGAUGGAGACUUCUGCCUGACUGAAAGCAUAGCCAUCCUGCUGUAUCUGGCAGAGAAGUUUAAGACUCCAGACUUCUGGUACCCAGCUGACCUCCAGCAGCGUGCUCGCGUCAAUGAGUAUCUGUCAUGGCAGCACCUUGCCAUCCGUCUGCAUGCAGCCAAGAUGUUCUGGCUGCUGAUUAUGAUUCCCAAGGUUAUGGGCGUGGACGUCCCGCAGGACAAGAUGGACGCAGCCUUGGAGGACCUGAACGGCUCACUGAAACUCUUGGAAGAAAAGUUUAUCCAGGACAGACCCUUCAUUGCAGGAGAUCACAUCACAUUGGCCGACCUGGUUGCCAUUGUGGAGGUCAUGCAGCCUGUGGGCUCCGGCCUGGACGUGUUUGAGGGGAGACCCAAGCUGACCGCAUGGCGGGACAGAGUCCAGGCCGCCAUUGGAAAGGAUCUGUUCGACGACGCCCACCAGACCGUCCUCGGGGCCCAGGAAAAUGUGAAGCUGAUGGACGGCAGCAAGUUGGCGUUCUUCAAGCCCAAGAUCCUCAAGUUUUUCAUGUGAAGAGGAGAACACUGGUUCUGAUACUUAUAGACUGCAUAAUACACAGUAGCAGAUCUUUUAUAAAUAAUCUUGUGUAAAGUCUGUGUGAUUUUGGGCUAUAUAACUAAAAUUGGAUUUGAUUUGAUUUGCAUCAAGAAUUUCUACUGUUUUCUAAUAAAAGCACUGUAAUGUUUAGUGUGACGGCAUGUGACGUGCAGGACUGAAGCAGUCAGACACAGUUCUGGACAUAACUGCUCCUCUGAGAGCUGCCUGCAUGUCUGUGUCCACAGUCGAGCCCUUUCUCAAUGCUUCACUGUGGACAUAGUACAUGCACUCAAUGUCUGGAGACUUGUUAAUGAUCGACCAAGUGCUUUGUGUUUUUGCUCCAAACUCUUGUAAUGGAAAAUAAAUUGCUUGAUUGUG